GGAGAAGAGUGGGCCGGGCGCCUGGGGCUGCCAGGCGGGGGGCUUCAGGCAGCGUUAGCUGGAGGGACCCUAGAGCGGACGGUGGCUGCUGCUGCUGCCUGAGGGACCCCGGGGAGAGGGACAGGGCCCCCCGCUCCUCACCCCCGUCACCUUCUCCUCCUCCUUCUCCUCUUCCCCCUUCCCACCCUACCCCCACCUCCCCUUCCUCACUCCCCCCCCCACCCCGGCUUCCCACCACCACGGCCGCUCUCGGCGAGGAAACUCUGGCCUCCGCUUCCUCCUCCUCCGACUCGGACACCGGCGGAGCCUCCCCGCCACCGCGGAAGAAAGCGCGGGCCUCCCCGGCGGCGGCGGCGGCGGAGGGAGCAGGAGAGCCCGGGGUUUCCGCGGGCAGAGCAGGCCUCACCUCGUCCCCGUCCCCCUCGCUCUCCGCCGGGCUCGCCCCCCCUGCUGCCAACCCCCUCAGAGCCAGCGGCAGCACCACCAGCAGCAGCGCCGCCAUGCAGGCCAACGGGGCAGGAGGGGGGCAGCAGCAGCAGCAACAGCCGCCGCCGCCGUCGCAGGGUCCGGAGCUGGGCUGCCUCAGCGCCCAAAACGGCGAGGCCUCUUCGGGCUCGACCGCCGGGGAGCAGCUGGCUCACGCCAACGGGUUGCUGCCCUCGGCCAAUAGCGGCGGCGGCGGCGGGGCGAGUGUCAACAACGGGGUCCCGGCCCCCGGCGGGUCCGCCGCCGAGCUGGGGGGAGGCAGCAGCGUCGGGGUCGGCGGCAGCACCCUGAAGAAGAAGAAGCGGCUCUCGCAGUCUGAUGAGGACGUGAUCCGGCUCAUCGGGCAGCACCUCCACGGGCUGGGCCUGAACCAGACUGUUGAUCUUCUCAUGCAAGAGUCAGGAUGUCGCUUGGAACAUCCUUCUGCUACCAAGUUCCGCAAUCAUGUCAUGGAAGGAGAAUGGGAUAAGGCUGAGAACGAUCUGAAUGAACUUAAGCCUUUAGUGCACUCUCCUCAUGCAAUUGUGAGGAUGAAGUUUUUGCUGCUGCAGCAAAAGUAUCUGGAAUAUCUGGAGGAUGGUAAAGUCCUGGAGGCUCUUCAAGUUCUACGCUGUGAGUUGACACCACUGAAAUACAACACAGAGCGCAUUCACAUCCUCAGUGGAUAUCUGAUGUGUAGUCAUGCAGAAGAUCUGCGUGCAAAAGCAGAGUGGGAAGGGAAAGGAACAACUUCCAGAUCUAAACUUUUGGACAAACUCCAGACUUACCUACCACCAUCAGUAAUGCUCCCUCCGAGGCGUCUACAGAAUCUACUGCGUCAAGCUGUGGAGCUACAACGGGACCGGUGCCUCUAUCACAAUACCAAACUAGAUAAUAAUCUAGAUUCUGUAUCGCUGCUCAUAGACCAUGUUUGCAGUAGGAAACAGUUUCCAUGUUACACACAACAGAUACUUACAGAGCACUGUAACGAAGUGUGGUUCUGUAAAUUCUCCAAUGACGGCACUAAACUAGCAACAGGAUCAAAGGAUACAACUGUUAUUAUAUGGCAGGUUGAUCCAGAUACACACCAGCUAAAACUGCUCAAGACGUUGGAAGGCCAUGCAUAUGGAGUUUCCUAUAUUGCUUGGAGUCCAGAUGACAGCUACCUUGUUGCCUGUGGCCCAGAUGACUGCUCUGAGCUUUGGCUCUGGAAUGUACAAACGGGGGAACUGAGGACAAAGAUGAGCCAGUCUCAUGAAGACAGUUUAACAAGUGUGGCCUGGAAUCCAGACGGAAAACGUUUUGUGACAGGAGGGCAGCGUGGGCAGUUCUACCAGUGUGAUUUAGACGGUAAUCUCCUUGACUCCUGGGAAGGAGUGAGAGUGCAAUGUCUGUGGUGCUUGAGUGAUGGGAAGACUGUGUUGGCGUCAGAUACACACCAGCGAAUUCGGGGCUAUAACUUUGAGGACCUGACAGACAGGAACAUAGUACAAGAAGAUCAUCCAAUUAUGUCUUUUACUAUUUCAAAAAAUGGCCGGUUAGCUUUGUUAAAUGUAGCAACUCAGGGAGUUCAUUUAUGGGAUUUGCAAGACAGAGUUUUAGUGAGAAAGUACCAAGGAGUUACACAAGGGUUUUACACGAUUCACUCAUGUUUUGGAGGCCAUAAUGAAGACUUCAUCGCUAGUGGCAGUGAAGAUCACAAAGUAUAUAUUUGGCACAAACGUAGUGAGCUGCCAAUUGCGGAGCUGACGGGACACACGCGUACAGUCAACUGUGUGAGUUGGAACCCGCAGAUUCCAUCCAUGAUGGCCAGUGCCUCUGAUGAUGGCACUGUUAGAAUAUGGGGACCAGCACCUUUUGUAGACAACCAGGAUAUUGAAGAGGAAUGCAGUAGCAUGGAUAGUUGAUGGUGAAUUUGGAGCAGACGACUUCUGUUUAACUUAAAUUUAGUCGUAUUUUAAAUGGCUUGGGAUUUGGUGCAAACACAUGAUUGAUAGCUGGACAGACAUGCUCGUCAUGAAAAAAAGAACCAUUUCUGAAGCCCGACUGGGGCCAAACAUUUUACCACCUUGCUUCAUAGUAAACAGUUGAAAUGAAGCACGUCGUUAGAAUGUUGUUGGACACCAUGUUGAAGUAACCCCCCAUCGGUUGUGAAGAACUGUGCUACAUUCAGGCUAACCAUUGAACUCCGUAUAUACAUUUUUCCCUUCUGCCAUUUUGUCAGGCAGACUACUGUUCUUGUUGCUCUUCUGUGUAAUGAAGUUUAAAUGCUUGUUUGAAAGACCUUUUAUUUAACAGUUUUAGAAGGCUUGAUAGAGUGCUUUAGUCUGAAGAGUACAUGUUGGAUAGGAAAGUAUUUCCUUCUCUUGUUUCUCUGAGUCUCUCCGCCUUAUUUAGCUUGAGAUCUUUGCAGCUUGGUUCAUGGAUUCUAGCCUUGCCCGUUGCGCAGUAUAUCUAAACCCAGAUGUUAAACCAGUGAAUGACAUGAAAAAAGCACUCUCAGUAUCACACUUGACAAAAGGUUUUGUACUUUUCACAUAGCUUGUUACCCUGUAAAGGGGUUAACAGCACGAUUUUUUUUAAAGAAUAAAUUAUUUAUAGCAUUAAAGUGACUUCAUUUGUAUACAUUUUGGAAUUUAAACCAGCUUAAAAAGUGUCAUCUACAAGUUAAUGCAGUAUAACUGGUGCUCCUCUGGAGUGUUGUGUAAGACCAUUUUGGCUGGCAGGAGUUUUACACAGACUAUAUGAAGUAUUAUUUUUUAAAAAAAUUGUUUACCACUGAGAAAACAAUUUGAGAGAUUUCAGAAUCACCAAUUAAACAAUUACAAUGUAAUUUCUGAAGUUAAUAAAUGAAAAUUCCAAAUUGGCCUUAACUUGUGCAAUGAUUCUUAUUUAAAGCAUAAUAAAGAUCUAAAAUGAGGGUAGUAUUUGUAGCAUUAUCUUAAAAAAAAAUAGUGAGGUGAUGGUCUUCUAUGAAUUAAAUAUAUACAGUGUACAAGCUUUCCAUAUCACUCUCUUUUGAGGACCUUUUUCUGAGGUGGUCUCAGUCACCUGGCAUUAGGAAUGGUCCUUAAUGUUCUGCGUGCAAGGGACAAUUAGUAAAGAAAAUUAGCCCAGUGUCUGCCCUAUUCAGCUAUUUCAGAAUAGGGUUAAUUCCCCCCUCCUAGUAAAAUGGCACUCAGGGCCUCUCUUGAGUCUGAAAAGAACAGUUUAAACACAUCCUUGUGGAACCGAAGAUGGAAAGACCCAGGAUUGGAAGGAAACUUGUCUUGUGUGUGGUGGGUUUUUUUGUGUGUGUUUUUAAUGCACAGUUUCUCUGAUGAGAAAUUAGAGUUAUGGCCACUGCACUUGUUUAUAUCCCUUAACCCAAACACGCUACAAUAUUCCUUCAGAGCCUUUUGAUUUGAUCAGACUCCUGAUUGAAUGUCCUUAAAUACCUCCAAACCAAACAAAUGAUAUUACAAUUACUUAAUGACAUAAUUCAGUUGUUCAGCUCAAAGUCUCUCUUUGAAUAAACACAGAACUCUAUUUUAAUAAUACAAAUCCUAAAUGUAUAUGUGCAGAUCAGGUUUACAGAGAAAUGUUUAAACAGCAGAAUGCCUUCCUCUUGUGUCCUAGAAUGGAUUUAAGAGCAGCAGAGAAAUGUACACUCACAUUCUGGCUCAUUUAAGCUGUUCUGUUUCAGCUUAUUUUAUGAGUAAUUUUGUUAUAUUAUAACUGUCCAUGUAUAACUGUUUUGACCUUAAGAUUUGUUUUUUUUUAAUUAUUGGAGGGCUUUUAUAGUCUACUUCUGAGCCAGUUUAAAACUUUAUUUUUGCAAAUACUCCCAUUCUGUAUCUUCACAGUUGUAUUUCUGACAUGGUGCUGGCUUGGUAACUCAAAGCUACCUUAGGAGAGACUGGAAAGGAAGUUGAGAGUGAAAGAUCAAGUGUGCACCAGUCAGUUUGAUUUGCACUCAUUGAUUUCUAUAGUCGAUUUAGUCUGGUGCUACCGGUAGUAGUUGAGACUUCCUGUGUAGACCCCCAUAUCGCUGAGUGAAUUUGAAGCCAGUUUCACUUUCUUUGAAAUGCAUAACACCAGAUAAAAACCAAAUUAAGAGCACCAAAAUGGAAACACUGCUGCUCAUAUUUCCCCCCUUAUUGAGGUACUUCUGGAUUUUUUGGCCACACCCUUCAGAGUACAGAACUGAAUGAGAACCAUGUGUUUUGAGAACCGUUUCUAAACUUAGUUGCAUAAUGCAGGCAAUGCAAUUUUAAGCAAUAGCUCUUCAGAUGGGGUACUUUACUUCUGCUGCAUGACACAGUCUCCCAUUAUGUGAGAUAAUGCACUGAACCAAAUGAAACACAGUCAAGACUUGUCUUGCAAUAAAGUUAACUGACUGCAGUAACACAACUAGGAUUCCUUGUGGACUGAGGAGGAGAACAGCCUAAUUUUUUUCCCCUAAUGUGUGGAGUGAAAUAAACCAAAAAUUAGACCGUUCCUGUUGCACAGGAGAAGACAAGGAAUAAGGCAUAUCUGCGACAUGCUCUAUUAUAUAUUAGAAAAACACUUAUACUCUGGAUUGUAAAGGUUGGAGCAACAGCUAACUGCUGGCCGUAUCUUAGGGAGGUUUGCAUUUUGCCUUAGGCUUUUCUACCCAACAACAGUAUGCACACUGGCUAUAAUCACGACUAUAUUAUCAGGUAAGUCAUUUUAAGGAAGGAACACAAAAGAGGAAAUGAAGUUAAUUUUUAUGCUGUCCUUAAGAUAGCUUUGUAAAUGUUUAAGUUCCCUCACUGUUCUUAUUUUUGUUUUGAAAUGCACAUAAUACAAAUUUUAAUAUGAAGUCACAGGUGGAAAACUACUCAACUUUUGCCAAUCUCAUUCUGGCUUCCAAGCAGGUAUUGUUGAAUGUAAUUAAUCUAAUAUUAGGUGUUUUAAUACCAUCUUAACUAAAAAGUAAAUCUCCCACCCCAAAGGAAAAUAAAUGGCUUUAAGUUUAAAAUGUUUUCUCUCAAGCCCAGGUCUGUGCUGGCAAUAGAUAUAUUUGGGGGAAGGGGAGUCCUUGUAUUUAAUUUUGUGUUGUUUUUUUUAGUCAACAGCAGAAGAAUGUCUAGUUCGUAAUUUCGGGGUAGGAAAAGAGAAAGAGAACCAAUUUUCAAUAAGAUUUGGUGCCCUUUGUCAGUACCCCCAAACACACAAGUUGCCUCGAUUUGAUGCAUUUCAAAUGAACUGUUAAACUGGAGUAUCAAUCCUAUAUAUGGUCAAAAUGUUUAUUACUUUGGCUUGAGUCCAUUUUCAGCUGCCAUAGAACAAACUGCUCAUUUGACAAUUAGGAGAAUUUUGGAAACACUUUGACACUUUUUGAACAGGGUGGACUUAAUUGACUUGUGCAGUGUUGUCUGCAGUAGCUGCUCUAGUUGCUGGAACACAAACUAGAAACCUAUUUCCUAUUUGCUGAUUCUUGAUUAUCUGGAUUCAGCAAAGUGUGCGUGCCUGUGUGUGUUGUAUGAGUGUGUGUGCGUGAAACACAAACAGUCAUGGAACCAACUGUUCUAGGUACAUGUCAUGUUUUACUGCAUACUUUAAGUCAUGUUGUGUGUAUGUGAAGUGUCCUCUGACUUUAAGAUUUUGGUUAAUACCAAUAUAUUUUUAUAAAUUUGAAAUUUAGUGUGCCCCAUCUUUUAAGUGUUUCAUUGUUUAGGAUAAGUGUACUAGAUUUAAUUCUUAACACUUCUCGGCACAGAUGGAAAAAGUUAUCGGCUCCUUCAAAAUGUAUGAGGAAGAAACGGAUCCUCAAAGCAUGUGUGUACUUACAAACCAAGCUGUAGAGAUCAAGAAAAGAACUUUUGUUGUUCUCAAAUUUCUAAAUUGUCAAGAUUUAUAUGGAGUUGUGGUGGAACUAGUUAACACUUAGAGCUUUUGGUAUGUAAUGACUAUUUGCUAUGGACUGAUAUUAAAUGUUUCAAAGGAUUGCGUUCUUAAACUUUCUGGAUUUUUGUUACUCUCCUCUUGGAUUAUAUUACGUAGUUUAAAAUUUCUUUACUAUUAUUACAUUAAAACAUAAGAACUUUGGGUCUCCAUAUUUAUUUUCACUUGUUUUACUAAUUAUUUACAGAACACCUUAACUUUUUAUUUUAUAAAUAUGUAGUAUAUUAAACAUAUCUUUAAAAUGUUCAAUUCAGACUACAUUAAUUCCUGAUUUUUCUUUUUAUUGGGGUUUUUAAAAAAUUACACUUUUCCAUGUUGGUGCACAGCACUUAACAAAUAUUUGUAUUCCCUUUCUUUCCAAUUCAAUAAACAGAAUGAAUAACUGGA